AUGGUCUUUUUUGACUUCAGAGCCCCUUUGGGGGUCCGUGUGUUGUCAUUGCUUGCUUUAUCCAAUACCGUCAGCUUGUCUUCCUGUGCCGUACUCCAGCCCCGGGAUGCGGUGCCUGCCGGAUACGUUGCUGCACCAUACUAUCCUGCACCCUAUGGCGGAUGGGCCGAUGACUGGGCAGACGCAUAUGAAAAGGCGGCUGACCUGGUAUCGCGGAUGACUCUGGCGGAGAAGACCAACAUCACCAGCGGCACCGGAUUCUUUAUGGGACCAUGUGUCGGAAAUACAGGCAGUGCACUCCGUCUGGGAUUUCCUCAGCUAUGCCUUCAAGAUGGUCCUUUGGGUGUGCGCACGACAGACAAUAUUACCGCCUUCCCUGCUGGCAUCACCACUGGCGCAACAUGGAACAAGGAUCUGAUGUACGAGAGAGGUGUUGCUCUCGGCCAAGAAUUCAAAGGCAAGGGCGCAAACUUUUACUUGGGCCCCUCAGUCGGUCCUCUAGGGAGAAAACCCAGAGGUGGACGAAAUUGGGAAGGCUUCGGCUCAGAUCCGGUGCUUCAGGGUAUUGCUGGCGCCCAGACCAUCAAAGGCGUCCAGGAGCAAGGUGUCAUCGCUACGCUGAAACAUGCCAUCGGAAACGAGCAGGAAGAGUAUCGGAUGUAUAGUGUCAUCCAAGAGGGAUAUAGUGCCAACAUCGACGACCGCACCCUGCAUGAGCUUUAUCUGUGGCCCUUCGCUGAAGCCAUCCAUGCUGGAACUGGUGCUGUCAUGACCUCUUACAACGGAGUAAAUGGCUCCGCUGCUUCGCAGAACGCAUAUCUCAUCAAUGGACUCGUGAAAGAUGAGCUCGGCUUCCAGGGUAUUGUUAUGACUGACUGGCUCGCCCAUCUCUCCGGUGUGCCGUCCGCCUUAGCUGGCCUGGACAUGAACAUGCCUGGCGACACUAUGAUCCCCAUCGUCUUGGGCACAAGCUACUGGAUGUAUGAGUUAACUCGCUCUGCCCUCAAUGGCUCCGUACCCAUGGACCGCAUUAAUGACAUGGCUACCCGCAUUGUGGCUACUUGGUACAAGAUGGGUCAGGAUCAAGACUAUCCGCCCCCAAACUUCUCGUCAAACACACGCGAUCCCACAGGUCCCUGCUAUCCCAGCGCUUUAUUCUCGCCCACCUGUGUAGUAAAUCAAUACGUCAAUGUACAAGCGGACCAUGCGACUGUUGCGAAAGCUGUGGCGCAAGAGGCUAUCACGCUGCUCAAGAACAACGGUUCCUUCCUCCCCAUUACCACUUCGGCGACCAUCAGCGUUUUUGGCACGGAUGCGCAGACGGAUCCCCAGGGCGCCAACUCUUGUACGGACAAGAGCUGCAACCGCGGGCUCUUGGGCAUGGGCUGGGGUUCUGGAAGUGCUGACUACCCCUAUCUCGACGACCCCAUCUCGUCCCUAAAACGUAAGGCCAAAAAUGUAAUCUACUACGCUUCCAAUACGUUCCCUGCCUCGGUGCCUACUCCUGGCCCCAGCGACGUUGCCAUUGUCUUCAUCAACUCGGACGCGGGCGAGAACUCGUACACAGUAGAGAACAAUCACGGCGACCGGGAUGCGUCUGGUCUAUCAGCGUGGCACGGUGGCGAUACAUUGGUGCAGGCCGCCGCUGCGAAGUACUCUAAUGUGGUCGUUGUAAUUCACACCGUUGGCCCAUUGGUCCUCGAGCCCUGGAUUAACCUGCCAUCUGUUAAAUCCGUGCUAGUUGCGCACCUCCCGGGUCAGGAAGCCGGCGACUCGCUCACUGAGGUCUUGUUUGGCCAGGUCUCGCCCUCGGGUCACUUGCCCUAUAGUAUGCCUCGGUCCGAGGACGACUAUCCUUCGAGUACAGACCUGAUCACUUUUGAGUUCCUUGGGCAGGCACAGGAUACGUAUAGCGAGGGUCUGUACAUUGACUACCGGUACCUGAACGCCAAUGGGAAAACGCCGCGCUACGCCUUCGGACAUGGCUUGUCGUAUACCUCCUUCAACUUCUCAUCGGUAUCACUGGCCUCUGUGACAAAGUUGUCGACUGUUCCGCCCGCACGCCCUGCGAAGUCGACGAGUGUCGUCGCAAGCUUGAACCAAACCAUCCCCGCGGCCUCGGAGGCGUACUAUCCUACCGGCUUCAACAAGAUUUGGAGAUACCUGUACUCCUAUCUCGACUCAGGCGAGGCGGACGCUGCUUACGCUGUGGGCCGAUCCGGCACCGAAUAUGCUUACCCAGCCGGGUAUUCCGAGAAGCAGAGCGCCGGCCCGCCGGCUGGCGGUCCAAAUGGAGGCAAUCCUGCUUUGUGGGAUGUGGCGUAUACCGUCUCCUUGACCGUGAACAACGCUGGGACGAAAUUCUCUGGCAAGAGCGUGGUGCAGGCGUAUGUGCAGUAUCCGGGAGGGAUACCUUAUGAUACGCCAGUGAUCCAGCUUCGAGACUUUGUCAAGACGGGAAGUCUGGCACCCGGUGGCCGCCAGACAGUGAAGCUGAGUUUGACGCGCAAAGAUUUGAGUGUGUGGGACACAGAGUUGCAGAACUGGGUUGUGCCACCAGGCGAAUAUAAGAUAUGGAUCGGAGAGGCUAGCGAUGAUUUGACCUGGGUAUGCUCGACAAGUAGCGGAAAAUGUACCGAGACGGCGGAUGGACCUGUGUAA